UCUACAUCUUCCUCGUGGCCGGCAUCGCCGUCCUGAAUCGCCUCCUUUUGCGGCGAGAACGCCCUACGCCUCUGCGGCUGCUUCGCCGACCGUGUCAAGAGCAUCUGGCCCGUGGCGGCCUGCGUGGUCCUUUUCGUUGCUUCGCUCAUCAUGGCCGUCGCCUUCCUCUAUGCCUCCCUAGGCAAGGACCACCUGGGGGAGUUGGGAGGGGCUGAAGCCUACCUGGUCCUGCACCCGUCCUCUUCGGCCUGUCGCGUGUCGCUGCUGGCCACCAUGCUGAUCCUGGUGGUGGGCGGCGCUACCUUGGUGGUAGCGGCCGUGGCCGUGGGCCACAGGAAGGCCGCACACAAAUCGUCGGAAAGCUUCGUCAGCGGGCAGUCCAACGAGUCGAAUAACAUCCUGCCCCACUUCCUCAUCAACCAGAGCGCCACCGACGAUGACAACGAAGACAAGCUCUCCAACUCGCCCUCCUCGCCCAGACUGCCGGAUCUGGUGGUGCCCAGCGUCACGACCUGCCUGGCGAGCAAAGGUCCGAGGUUGGGGGAGCUGCCUUCGCCAUCGCGCGGUUCCAACAUGCUCAGCGUUAACAUGGCGCACGUGCUCGGCCGGCGCCGCCAUACCAUCUGUCAGAUCGGUGACUCGGGCACCGCCUCCGCCCUGGACCCCAUGGCGCGCGCCAAGCAGUACAACUACGUCCGCAAGUUCUCCGUCGACAUCUCCGCUUUGCAGGCGCAGCUGGAGAACCCAAAGAUUUUCAAGGACAAGGUGCCUUUCCAGUCCGACCAGGACCUGCGAUCAAAGCCGAACAAACCUUCACCCGCUCACCUUGAGACCCGCAGCCCGCAGCUGGGUCUGCUGGCCCCCCGGCGGGAGGAGGGACAGCAAGAGGAACGGCAGCCUCGAGACAACGGUGCCGGACUCAAGCUGUGCUUACCGCCGAGACCGCCGGUCAUCACAGUGUCCGAGGAAGUCCGGGAGGAAGAGGAAGAGGAAGCCGACGUCUCUAAGGUCAGCAUGGGACAGUGUGAGGCAGACAGCACCAAGCCCACGCCCGUCCCCGUGCUGGCCGUCAAGAAGCCAGCUGAGGACGAGGAGGGGGAAGAACUGCGAAGGGAGAGGGCUGGAGAAGGGGAAUCCCCUCACGAGGAGGACGUCAGCUACCGGAGCAUUCCCAACGUUCACACCAACCGCCUAACGGAGCACGAGCAGGACUUUGUAAAAAUGACCUUGCUGAUGUGCCUGACGUUCUUCACGUGCCUCUUCCCGCUGCUGCUGGUGGAGGCGCUUAAGGAUAGCUUUGGCGUCAGCACGUACGUCAACAUCGCCACGUGCGCGCGCGCCCUCUCCACCGUGCAGACCAUCAUCUAUCCACACAUCCUCAUAUGCAUGGACAGAGUGGUCAGCAAGGCGGUCAGCCGCCUAAAGGCGCGGCUCGGCCAAGUCUGUCACAUUCGGGACGUGGACUGCGUGGAAAUUCCAGCCGAACAUGGCAGUUCGAGCACCAGCCAAGUGUAGCCGACAGUUUCACAUGAUCACGUGACAAUGUAAAAGCCUUCUCUUGCCCCCGCCCCCAACCUUAACUCCCACCACCUGUCAUCGGAUUUACGUGCCGUUUGACACACCCCCACAGCAUUAUAUAAGCAUCGUCGAUUAAACAUGAAUGUGUGACACGUGGGUGUGGUUGAUGCCGAACAACCAUCUACGUUCGACUAUUUAGCCUUCAUUAUAUCGUUCUGACGGUGUCUUAUUGUGGUGCAUUAGUUCUUCAAACCUUGCCUCUCGUAAUAAUAUAAGAAAAGUACAGAACUUUCGAUGCUGAACUCAAGCUUAUUCACCAGCUCCAGCGUUCGGUAUUUCUCUGGUGUAGGGUGUUGUUGUUGUUUUUUUUUAACCCUGUGGAGACCAAAGCGUCAGUGUGCGCCCCACGAAGAUGCCCACGAACUUUCAUCUUUGUCUACUUUGAUCGCAGUGAACUGACUCUUUGUGCUUUCACCCCUUGGAGUUUGGAAGUACAAGAAGGAUGUGCGAGAUGCUGCAGAAUGAUGUCUGGAGGAAUUCAAACACCAGUGUUCGUUCUAUUUUUUGAGUUUGUAAUUUGUAAUUGGUGUUGUUUGCGAAGAAAAGUGGAGGGGGAGUUCAAUUUACUAGAAAUUAAGACAGCUGGCGGAAGACUUGUCACGCGCGCCAUCUUCCCAGAUUCCUCUUAUCUGCACAAACAUUCCAUGAAGAUUAUUAAGAUGUUUUAACGUUUAAAAACUAAAUGAAAUUUUAAUACAAUAAUAAUAAUAUCAAUAAUAAUUUCUUGCUUGCAAUAAAAUGACGAGAUGUGGAAUUGGAGGACGUCAGCAAAACUAUGACAGCACAACCGUCACGUCAAGGAGGAGAAAAAGUCUGACGUUUCCUGCUUCCCUGUGAAGACAGGCGCGUACAUAGGUCGUGACUUCUCGGGCGGUGUGACGUCUCCUUCCGCCGUCGCGUGCGAAGCGAUUUGUGUCUUGAUAGGAAGCUACAGUAUGUGUGCAGGGAGGAUGCCCCGGCCUGUCGUAUGCAAUGAACAACUCGAAAAAGUACCUGGUCACAAAAAUCACAGCGUGCGCUGUUCCCGAAAGCCUAGAAACAUUCAGAAAACCACACACACAAACACAGAGGAUUCGGUGUUUAAAUAGCUGCCGCCGAUGUAUGCCCUAUACUUCGGCUCCGCGCGUCUCCUCCGGUCAAAGCUUUCCUUACUGCCUGUUGACCGCAGACAAUGGUGUAAUAUCGUCAAAACGAAAGGUGAGGCAGGCUGUUCACAACCACUACCCAAUCUUUCCACCUCCUACCCGGAUAUGAAACGCAAAACAAGUUGCUACCUGACGAGGACUAUAUAUGGGAUUUUUUUUUUUACUAUUUUUUUUUCACGGCAAGCAGAAUCUAUAAAGUGCCCCGUGAAUUAAUUUAAUUAAAAGGUUCCCUUCCACAACAAAAGAGCAAGCACGAUUUGUUCAAUGCCUCUUCUGAUUGUUCAGCGGCGCUCCAAGCCAUUAAGCAACAGCUACACAAAAUAAUUGAUAUGAAAUAAUACAAAUGUUUAAAGCUCUCAAACUAGUUUUUACAAGUCGCACUUAUCCUGUUUAUUUCGGGUUUCAUUCUAAAAAUAUCGUGUUCACCUUGCAAUCUUAAAAACAAACUUUUUAUUGAUUUUACGAAAAAGUAUAACCCAGUUCCUUGGCAUUUUAAGUGCUCAUAAAAUUUUAGAUUUUUGUCGUUCUGUUAAAUAAAAUUAAGUAUAGUAUAACAAAACCAGCCAACAUGGGAGUUUCUUUCGAUAUUUCUUAAAAACUUGUAACAAAAAUUGCUGAAGGGGAAGGGGAGGGAGAACUCGCAUUCAGGCAGACACCAAUCGAUUUACCUGCUAUUAUUAUUGUAUGAGGCAGGACACUACAUUGUGACAUGUUGCUGUCGUCAGUAUUAUAUAAAAUGUCUACCAGACAUGAUGCAAGUUGUGCUGUGAAACAUUAAGCCAUUAAACUUUUUUUUAUGUUAAAAUUGCCGUUCGUCAGACCUGAAAUAUGACGACAGUGUUAUGGUGUUGGAAUGUUGUACCCCUAAAAAUCUGAUGCAUGUUUUGUAUACAACAAACAUUUAUUUAAAAUGUUUCUAUGGUUAUUUGUAAAAUGUUGGUGUCAGUGUGACACCUGUGUAACUGGAUACUUUGUAUUUUUUCAGAAAGGAGGUGGAAAUUAAUUAUGUCACAAUCUCCUUUCUUCUUGUGUGUGAGGGUACGUAUGUGUGAGCGUGCUGUAUAUGUAUAUGUGCGUAUUUGUUUAUCGUGAGGAGAAAGACGGCACAUGCAAGUUGUUGUAAACAUUUGUCAGGAAUAUGAAGUGUUUAAACAUU